UUGACAAAACAAUUUCAAAAUUCUAAUGGAAAUAAUAAAAUUUUGUUUUUGUGAUUCAUUCUGUAUUUGAAUCCAAACCAUAAUGAUACAAUAUCAAGAAAAUCAAAAUAUUAAUCAUAGAAAAAUGAAACAAUCUUCACAUUCAGAUGGACGACGACAACAACAACAACAAUUUACCGAUACAAUAAUGUAUCCAAUGAAUAAUUAUAACUAUCGUGAUCAACAACAACAACAACAAACAUUUAUUGGACCAAAAACGGUAAUAUUAUUACCGGAACAAUUACAUCAACAACAACAUUUAUAUAAUAAUGUUAUUUAUGAACAACCAAAUCAAAGUCCAAUUGAAAUUGAUCCACAACAACCACGUUUAUUGUUAAUACCAAAUGAACAUCUAUCAGCUGGAAAACCAAUAAUUAUAAAAAACAUUGCCAAUCAACAACGACGAAGAUCAUCAUUAUUACAACAGGUAUGGGAAACAUCACAACGUCAUUUAAAAUUGGUUAGUCUUGGUGGUAAUCAUCAAACAGAAAUGGAAGAUAGUCUUAAUGAUGAUUAUGUUGAUGAUGAUGAUGAUGAUGAAACAUAUGUGAAAAAGAAGAAGAAAAAAAUUAGCAAAAAAAUCAAUGUUCUAAAAGAUCGUUUAAUGGGCAAAGAUCCAAAAAUUACCUAUAAACGUUUUGCAAUCUUUUAUUUAUUAUCAGCAAUAUUAACAUUGAUUAUUUAUGAUCCAAUGCUUAAUCUAGUUUUAAAUUGGCAAUUACAAUUGAAUCCGGGUAAUAUGUUUGUAUGGAUGUGGCAAGAAUUACCUGCUGAACUUCAUGGUGAUAUUUAUCUAUAUGAAAUACGUAAUGGAAAACAAUUUCUUAAUGGUGCAAAGGCUAAUCUUAUAGAACAAGGACCAUUUACAUUUGAAAUGUCACGUAAACGACGUGUAGUUGAGUGGAAACCAACAACAGUUCGAUUUAAGGAAAGAUAUACAGCUGAAUUACUUACAGAUUUAUCAAAAUCAAUUGAAACAAAAAUGAAAGUAAUGAAUACAACAAUAUUUGCUAUAAUAUCAUGGGCUGUUUAUUGGAUGGAUAAAUUUAUGAUAAAAUUUUUAAAUCCAAUCGUACAUAAUGUAAUUGUAUUAGCAUUACAAACAUUUAAUGAAAGAAUUGUUGAAGAACGAACAGCUAAAGAAAUAUUAUUAGGUCGUCAAAUUGAUAUAUUACGUUUUGUUGAAAUAAUUGGUCAACCAUUACGAACUAUUGGUAUUCAAUAUGAUCUUCGUGAACUUAUGACAAAUUAUGGAAAUUAUAAAUUAAAUAAUAAUAGUAUUAGUAUUAUUGGUAUAUUAACCGGUAAUGAAUUUGGUCCAUUUGAAACAGCAAGAUUUAUAAAUGGAAAUCUAAAAGUUAAUCAAGUGGUUAAAGUAUUAGAAAAACAAACAUUUGAUGAAUUUCGACCACCUUGUAAUCGUUUUCGAUCAUUAUAUGAUCCAUUAUAUUUUGGUCAUGGUGAACAAAGUGAUGUAAUCGAUAUAUGGGUACAACAUUUUUGUCGUCCAUUACGAUUUAUAUACGAUGGAAAUACUGAAUGGAAACGUGGUAUACGAAGUCAUCGAUAUGAUGUAUCGACAAGUAUGUUCGAUAUACGAAUUAGAGAUAAUCAAUGUUAUUGUCAUGGAACAAAAAAAUUAAUCGAUUGUGAUGGUUAUACAAAUGUAGCUGGUUGUUUUGGUGGUCUACCAUUUGCAUUAUCAUUUCCACAUUAUUAUGGUGCACCAAAAUUACAAUCAAGUAUUUAUGGUUUGCAUGCUGAUCCUCAACAACAUUUAUCACAAGUGUAUAUGGAACCAAAUCUUGGAAUAUUAUUUGAAGCUAAAAUUAAAUUUCAAAUCAGUUUAAUGUUAAAAGAUUUUCCAAGUUUUGGACAAUUAGGUGGAAUACGUGAUGGUUUAUUACCAUUCUUUACUAUUUCAAUGAACAUACGAACAACAGGCGUAUUACAUGUUCUCGUUGUUAUUGGAUCAUUAAUGUUAUUAUUUGGAAAAUUUCUACUUAUUAUAUCUUGUUUAACAUUAUCAACAUUUUUCUUUUAUCGUAGCUAUAAAUAUUGAUCUCAAA